ACAACAUAAAAUAUGUCGGAUGACGAAUCUCUGUCAUUGGGACAAUAUAAACUGAAGAAAACAACAAUGUGGACACAGCGAAAACGUUCACAACAACUGGAUAUAAGUAGUGUUGUAGGAGGAGGUGGUGGUGGUCAAUCUUCUGCUUCGACCAACAACUACGACGACAUGUUUGGUUUGGAACAUAUGGAAAACUAUAGCGUAGAGACAACAGCUCUCCAUCGAAAACUUCAAAGUAAAAUGGAAGCGCUACGUAUACUCCGUAAAGAAUUGGAGAAAUUCCGAACCGAACGGGAUCAAUUUAAGCUAAUGGCUGAGACACUACAGCUGCGUUAUGCGGCCUUGAGACGCAACAGCAGUUUUUCAGAUUUGGCCAGUGAUGUUAGUAUUGGCAUGUCGAAUGGUGGUGGCAAAACCAAUGUGGCAAAGAUUCUACACGAGUCCCGGGAACGUAAUAUUAAACUGACCACAGAAGUGGAAGCGCUAAAACAAAAGUUAUACGAAGUUCAGGGUGACAUUGAAGUCUUGAGAAAUCAAAAAUCCACUUCAGAGUGUAAAAGAGAUUCCACCAUCAAUGGAAAGGGUAGCAAUAGCAAAGAGGAAAUUGUGCUUGACAGCUGCUCAAAGGAAAUGUUGCUGCAGUGGAAACAAGAACGCUCAAAUUUCAUAUGCCAUUUGGAACAAUUGAAGAAGAAAAAUGCUCAACUAGCUUUCGAUUUAAAGGCCGUCAUUGAUGAAAAGGAGGAGUUGACAAAUGAAAGAGAUGCUUAUAAAUGCAAGGCACAUCGGCUGAAUCAUGAAUUACAGGUGGCAUUGAAGGCAAAAGAAAAUCAUCCAAAGUUCCUUGAUAUUGACAGUAUCAUUUUGGAGAACAAGUACCUGAAUGAACGUUUAAAACACAUUGAAAGUGAAGUGGAAAUAACAAAACAAGCUGUUAGUAAAUAUAAGACCAUGUUGGAAGCAAAACGUAAAAAGGGUAUCAUAAAAUUGGGUGCACAAACACCCAUUAAUGUCGAUGAAAAUAUACUGUCACAUAAACAAGUUAAAAAUUUAUUGGAAAGUGGUAUUGACCUACCAACAAAAACUGAGACGAUUCAAGAUUUGAAAACAUUAUGCCUGACCCUGCUGGAUAAUUUGAAUGACAAAAAUUUAGCAUUGAAUCAUCAAAAGAAGACCAAUAAGAUUUUGGCUACUAAAAUAGCAGAAUUGGAACAGCGCAUGAAAGUCCUAGCUGGCAUUGAAACUUCAAAUGAUGAUGAAGGUUUCUCUCCGUCUGAAUUUCUUCUCAAAGGUUAUUGUCCAUCCAUGGUUGAUGCAACAGCCAAUUCCAAAACCGAUAAAACCGAUAAUGAUGAAAAUGUUAAAACUAAAGCUGCUGCUGGCGGUGGCGUAUCAUCAGCAACAACGGCCCGUAGCACAACCUCAUGUGGUGGUGAAAGUCAUGUAACUGAAGAUUCUGGUACUAUGUCUUCGGAAAAUGAAGAAUCCAUGAAAAUGCCAUUGGCCACACAAUCAGACGAUGGCAUGUCUUCGUUAUCCACCGAAUCGGGUAGAAGUAUUUUAUCCUCAGAAUAUGAUAUUACUAAUAAUGAUGUUAUUGGAAGUGGUGGUUUGAAUCUGACUGAUUUUACUGAUGCUGCAUUGUAUGCGUAUAAAACAGCAUCUUCUACAUCAGGAUCGGCGGCGGAUAAAACAAUAAUACAACAAAACAAAGAUAGUAAGCGAACGGUUUUACCUCUUCCCAAUUCCAUUGUCCAGGAACGUAAUGAUGACUUAAAAGAUCUACCACCGGAAUUGGCUGCCUUGGUGCAAAAGGCUUUACACGAAUUGGACUUACGGGAUUUCGAUGAAGUUGUGGGCGGAGUUUGUGAGGAUGUUGGUAUCGAGGCCAAAGAAGAUUUAUCCAUGAAUUUAGAAACUGAAGCCGAUGAAUUGUUAGACGACGAACUAAAUAGUGAAGAUGGUGCCAUUGGUGGCUGUACUAAUUUAAUAGAGGCCAAUUAAACAA